AUGAGCCAAAACCAGGGACUUGAGGUGGAGCCUCCACCAAGUCUAAUGAAUUGCAUGGGUUGGAAUUGCCGGGGGCUUGGGAACUCCCAGACAAUUCAUGAGCUUUACCUGUUGGUGAAAGCUAAGUCCCCAGAUUUGAUCUUUCUCAUUGAGAUCAAAUGUAGUAGAGACAGAAUGGAGUUCAUUCGAAAUAAGCUGGGUUUUGACAACUGCUUCACAGUGAACAGUAGAGGCAGAAGUGGUGGUUUGGCUUUCCUUUGGAGUUCUAACAUCGAGUUUAAUAUCUCAACAUACACCAGUUGGCACAUAUCAGCAACCAUCAAAUUGCCUAGUGACAAAGCUCCCUGGUUGAUAACAGGUUUCUAUGGCCACCCAAACACAACCAAGAGAAGUGAAACUUGGCUCCUGCUUAGGGAGUUUGUCCUUACAACAAAUGUCCCUUGGCUGUGUUUUGGUGAUUUCAACGAGAUAACCAUCAUUGAUGAAAAACAUGGGGUAGCACAUAGGCCCUACAGGAAUGGAGAGCAGUUCACAAAAGAAAGAUUAGAUAGGGCCUUAGGGAACACAGCAUGUUUAGACAAGUUCGAGUAUCAUUCAGUUCUUCAUUUGACAGCAGCCUCCUCAGAUCACAGACCCAUCAUGGUUCAGGUCAAGAUCAACCAAGGAACUCUUAAACGUGUGAGACCUUUCAGGUUUUGCCAAGAGGGCUUGAAGAUUUGGAGCAUGGAAAUGAGAAGAAGUCAAGGGGCACUCAUUAAGGAAAAACUGUCAAUUCUCAGCUCCCUCAAAGAAACUAAUGAGGGGCACCUUUACACAGAAAUAAAAAUACUUCAGAAGGAAGUGGACUUACUGUUAGAGACAGAAAAAUCCAAGUGGCAGGAAAGGGCCAAGCAAAACUGGUUGAGAGGUAGGGAUAGAAACACUUCUUUCUUCCAUAAGUGUGCCAGCCAAAGGAGAAAACAGAACCCCAUCUGCAACAUAAGGGAUAUAGCAGGAAAUGAGACCACUAAUCAGAAGGAGAUUAGCCAAAUUUUUCAGAUCAGCUUCUUUCAAGAGCUCUUCACCUCAUCAAGCCCAAAAGGCAUUGCUAAGUUGACAGGGACUAUGCCUAGAAAAAUCAACACAGAGAUGAGUACUACCCUUGCUAGACCCUUCACUACAGCUGAAGUCAAGAAAGCCUUGUUCAACAUGAAUCCCCUAGGCUCACCUGGACCAGAUGACUUCCCUACGUUGAAACUAGUGUUGCCAGCAAUAAUUUCUCCAACCCAGAUAGCCUUUGUCCCAGGUAGGCUGAUAACAGACAACAUAAUAGUGGCUUUCGAGUCACUACAUACAAUGAAGGCUAGAUUAAAGGGCAGGGAUGGCUUUAUGGCACUGAAGCUCGACAUGAGCAAAGCCUAUGAUAGAAUUGAGUGGCCCUUCCUUAAAUCAGUCUUGCAUCAAGUUGGUCUAGACCAGAAGUGGGUAAAUCUGAUCAUGAGGUGUGUAGAAUCAGUGUCUUACUCUUUCAUUUUCAAUGGUACUCCUCAAGACACAUUCUAUCCAACAAGAGGGCUGAGGCAAGGGGAUCCCCUAUCCCCCUACCUUUUCAUCCUGUGCUCAGAAGUGCUGAGUUGCAUGCUAAACAAAGCUGAGAGCUCGGGCCUUAUCACUGGACUACCAAUCAGAAGGAAAUCUCUUUCAAUUAACCACUUGUUUUUUGUAGAUAACAACCUCUUGUUUUGCAAAGCUAACCCUGUAGAAUGGAGUAGGCUCUACAACUUGCUGAAAGUCUAUGAACUUGCCUCCAGUCAGAGGCUCAACAAGGACAAAACUUCUAUAUAUUUCAGCAAAAACACCAAGGAGGAAGCCAAGGCAUUCAUUACCAGUAUAGCAGGGAUAAGGGGCACUUCCUCAUAUGAAAAGUACUUGGGCCUACCUGCCCUCAUAGGCAAGUCCCGAGCUCAAUCUUUCAAAGGAAUCCUGGACAAGCUAAAGAAAGCAAAGAGCCAAGGUGGCCUGGGCCUUAGGGAUUUUUCCAAUUUCAACCUAGCCCUUCUCGCCAAACAAGGUUGGAGAGUUGUAAACAACCCAGACUCCCUUGCUGCAAAGGUUCUUAAGGAAAAGUACUUUAGUAACAGCUCUUUCCUCUCCACAAAGUUAGGACAAAACUCUUCAUACCUCUGGCAGAGUUUCCUAGCAGCGAGAUCAUUACUUAAAGAGGGAUUGGUGUGGAGAAUAGGUGAUGGGGCCUUUACUGAAAUUUGGAAUGACAGGUGGCUUUUAAGAGAGUUGAUCUACAGAACUCCCAUUUCAGUCAGGUUCCUGCAGGCUGACACCAAAGUUUCUAAUCUCAUCAGUGGCUCUACUAACCAGUGGAAGAGAGACCUUAUUUAUGCCAUGUUCACAAAGGAAGAAGCUGAAUACAUCAUAGCCAUACCACUCAGUCCUUACCCCAAACCAGAUAAGAGGAUGUGGAAGUGCACCACUUCGGGUGAAUUCAGUGUCAAGAGUGCUUACCAUCUUCUUCCUGAGAUGGAUGAGCAACUGUGUGGUCAAUCUUCAACCCCAAGCCCUUCUAAGCCCCUUUGGACCAAAGUUUGGAAUCUAAAAGUCUCCAAUGCCACCAAAACCUUCCUCUGGAGGGCUUGCCUCAAUGGAAUCCCUACUCGAGACAAUCUGGUGAAGAGGAAAGCAGUGGAAGACCCUGCCUGCCCAGUUUGCAGUGUGCAACCAGAAACAGUGGAGCACAUCCUGUGGAGCUGCCCCUCAGCCAGGGACGUGUGGUCACUAAGCUCAAGGAAGUUGUAG